AUGGAUCCUGAUUUCUCUUAUAGCGUCAUUGUCAAUCAUACCCAAAUGGUAUACCCAUCAGGAAAAACAACCAUCUUCCAUGCUUACUUUACAUCUGAUCCAUCAAAAAUCAUGCGCGAGGAUCAGUUUCUUAAACAGGUCCGAUCAUACAACCCUAUUUCUCCAUUAGAUUUACAGGAUGAAGUGAAUUUCAAUUUCGAUAUGGCAAUUGGAAUCGCAGGGGAGAUUUCUCCUAAAACCCUAGAAAAAAUGCUUGCCAUUUACGACGUUGUUCUUGUCGACAUAUAA